AUGACGGCAUUAUCAAUACAAACUCUCCACACAACCAUCUAUUGUCCACUUGGCGUCGCCACUGUUCCAUUACAACAAUCGUCUACAGCCCCGAAUGUAAGCCGCCUUAAAGUGUUGUUCUUCGGUACAGACCACUUCUCACUGCCAAGCCUAAAAAUUAUACAUAAGAAUCUAAUAGGUAAUGGUCGAGUGGAACGACUCGAGGUGGUUACGUCCUUCAAAGCGGCAAAGAAUCCGGUAAAACAGUACAGCCGAACAGAAGGUAUACCGAUGCACGACUGGACAUCCUUCUCUCGAAGUACUGCUGAUUCGUUUAAUCUGGGAGUUGUUGUUUCCUUUGGCCAUUUAAUCCCAGAGUCCUUGAUCAAUUCCUUCAAUCGAGGAAUGCUUAAUGUACACGCUAGCCUACUACCAAAGCUGCGAGGUGCAGCACCUAUAGUCCAUGCCAUUGCUAAUGGCGAUCAGGAAACAGGCAUCAGUAUAAUGCGCAUAAAACCCAGGCAAUUCGAUGUGGGUGAAAUACUUCUGCAGUCUUCCGUCAAUAUUGGACGCGACACGCUGAUGCCUCAUGUGCACGAUCAGUUAGCCAACAUUGGGGCUGAAUGUUUGAUCACAUGCAUUGAAGAUUUAGAACUUUACUACCAAAAGCAAACGAUGCAGGAUGAUAGGCAAGCAACAUACGCUCCCAAAGUCGACCAAAAGUUUGCUGAAAUUAUGUGGGAAAAUUCGACAGCUAUAAGGGUGUAUGAUUUGUACCGAUCUCUGUAUGGUUUAAGACCCUUACUCACUACCUUUGGUGGAGAUGUUGUGAAAAUAUUCAAACUAUCGUUUAACAGAGAGCAACCAGUACUGACAGAAACGGUGCAGAACAAGCCAGGCAAUGUAGAAUACUCAAAACGGCAUAAACAAUUAACGGUUCGCUGUGGUGACGGCCGACUACUUGAAAUACACCAACUCUCCGUCGGAGGAAAGAAGAUCCUUACAGGACAAGACUUCUACAAUGGCUUUCUAAGCAAAGUGGCCCCAUCGGAAAGGUAUUUCAAGUGA